AUGGCGGCCGAAUUCGAGCACAAGCAUGGCAACCAGGAUGAUGCCGUGACACGAUCAAGUGCUCUCAAAAUGGAUGAACUUCGAACGGCGCCAACACACCUCGAGCGGGUUGAUCCUGCUGAAGCUAAUCUGGUUUAUGACGAUGCUGAGCACGAGCCAGAGCUGCAUCUCAGGACCUGGAUAGCUCUCGUGGCAAUGUUCCUGCUGAACUAUGUGAUCGUGUUCGCUCUCUUGUCACCACCAGCAGUGCUCUCAUAUAUCGGCACCAGUCUGCACAACACGCGAUCCGAGACAUGGGUGGUGAAUUCGCUGUCGCUGCCACAGGCCGUGUUGUCGCCUUUACUUUCCUCAGUUUCCGACGUUUUUCAAGUUCGCAAAUCGCUCCUAGUCAGCACACUAACCAUCUCCUUCAUCGGCGCUGGUGUCUGUCCCGGAUCGCAAACCAUGUACAGGCUUAUUGGGGGCCACAUCAUGAUUGCGAUUGGGUUUUCGUGCACUCCACUGGCAUAUGCCAUUCCCAGCGAAAUCCUGCCUCGGAGAUGGAGGCCAAUCGGACAAGUUUGGGUCAAUAUUGCUGCGGCAUUGGCGACUUGCACAGGGCCUCUGAUCAUCGGCGCUCUGACCAAAGCUAAUCCCGAAAAGGGGUGGCGGAGAUUCUACUGGAUUCAAAUGGCUCUUUGGGGUGCCGCUGGCCUCGGAAUUUUGGCUGGAUAUCGCCCGCCCAAAAGGCACACGCGCUUGGAUCAUCUCUCAUUCGCACAGAAACUGACAUACCUUGAUCUUCCUGGAUUCGGACUCCUCGGGGGAGGCCUCACCCUCUUUCUUGUAGGUUUGAACAUGGGCGGCGGCAUGUAUGCGUGGACUGAUGCUCGAGUCCUUGCCACAUUGGUUGUGGGUAUUGUUAGCUUGUGUUGUUUUGGGAUAUACGAGUGGAAGGGCACAAAGACGGGAAUUCUGCGCCAUGACCUCUUCCGCGGCGGAUCAGGGGCUGGUCGCACUUUUGCGGUCUGCGUUGGCCUCAUCUUCGCUGAGGGCAUUCUAUUGUUCUCAUAUGUUAUUUUUUAUCCCAUUAUGGUUCAAUCCUUGUUUGACCAAGAUCCGUUCAUAGUCGUCGUUCGCGAACAGCCAUAUUGGAUUGCUUGCCUUCUUUCGACUGGAAUAUGGGGCAUUAUUAGCACAAAAUUCAAGACAGUCAAGGCACCCCUUGCGGCAGGUUUUGUUAUCUUCACCGGUGGCAUCGUGGGACUCGCCACAGUUCAGCCCUCCGAGUCGACCAACUCGCUGAUCUUCGCCGGUCUUGCUGGCGUCGGUUUUGGGUCGUUGAUCAUUCUCAUCGUUGCUGGCGUCCAACUCUCCAGCCCUCACUAUCUUAUCGCCACCGCGACCGCUGUGACAGUUUCCUCUCGCGCUGUAGCCGCGAGUAUUUUCACAGCAAUAUAUGUGGCGGCAUUCUCCGGCCGCCUGAAAGAGAAGCUUCCUGCAUACGUGGCCAAGGCAGCCUUCCAAGCUGGACUUCCACAGACCUCGAUCGAAGCAUUUGUAAAAGCUUUGGUCGCGGGAAAUGUUUCACUUCUCCCGAAGAUACCUGGCGUGAGCCCUGGGGUCGUUGAUGCCGGCCUGGCAGCACUGAAGCAGGCAUAUGCUGAUUCAAUAAGGGUGGUCUAUAUCAUCGCAGCACCGUUCGGAAUUUUGGCUUUUAUUGGUUGCUGGUUUUUGGGAGAUUUGAGCGCGACGAUGAAUUAUCGAGUUGAUGCACCAGUCGAGGUGUUGACGGUAAAGAAACAUGAUAGUGACAAGGUCAGCGCCUGA